CAUAGAGUAAAAUAUAAAGGUAGUAUCAGCGUGAGAUGAAUAAUGAAUUCUCGCUCGUGAGUCGUGACAGUAGAAGAGCUAUCAGAGUAUCAGUAGAAAAAUCUUAGCAUCGAUCAUGGCAUCGCCACCCUCGCUGCUGCCCAGCGCCGGCGAGGACGACGAAUCCCAGCGAGAAGUUUACGAGCAGCUCCGCCAGCUCGUGUCGACCUACCCGACCGUGCCGAGCGGCCUCGACACCCCGUACUACCGCCACCCCGACGGCUGGUACACGUUCUUGCCGGCGAUGGUCAGCGUCAUGGUGGCGCAGCGCCACUUCACCGCCCGCGACACCGACAUCAUCAUCGCCACCUUCCCCAAGUGUGGCACCACCUGGCUCAAGGCGCUCCUCUUCGCGACCGUCCACCGCGACGGCGGCGGCGCCGGCGGCGUGGAGGACGACGCGGCGCUCGCGCAGCUCAGGGCGCGGAACCCGCACCAGCUCGUCCCGUUCCUCGAGAUCCAGGUGUACGUGCGCGACAGGGCGCCCGACCUGAGCUCCCUCCCGGCGCCACGGCUCCUCGCGACGCACAUCCCGCGCCCGUCCCUGCCGGCCUCCGUCGCCAUCUCCGGCUGCAAGGUGGUGUACAUGUGCCGCGACCCCAAGGACUGCCUCGUGUCGCUGUGGCACUUCCUGGACGCGCAGCGGCCGGAGCCACGCGGCGACGUCGGCGAGGACUUCCGCCUCUUCUGCGACGGCGUGUCGCUGGUCGGGCCGUACUGGGACCACGUGCUGGCUUACUGGCGGUGGCACGUCGAGCGGCCGGGGCAGGUGCUGUUCAUGACGUACGAGGAGCUGAGCGGCGACACGCUGGGGCAGCUGCGCCGCCUCGCGGAGUUCGUCGGCCGGCCGUUCACCGGCGAGGAGCGGGCGGCCCGGGUGGACGAGGCGAUCGUGAAGGCGUGCAGCUUCGAGAGCCUAGCGGGCGCGGAGGUGAACAGGUCAGGGACGAUUGAGCUGAUGGAGGAGCCGAUGCGGAACGCCGAGUUCUUCCGGCGAGGCGUCGUCGGGGGCUGGCCGAACUACCUGUCGCCGGAGAUGGCCACAAGGAUCGACGAGAUUACCGAGAGCAAGUUCAGAGGCUCUGGACUGGUGUUGCCCACGAUGAUGACCAUGUAAUAAGUACAGUACAUUUUGCAAUAUUGUUACAACCACUGGUGGAGAAAUAUUUUUAGUCACGGUUCGCAA